AUGGCCGAGAUACUGACCAACACGACACCUGCUGAUGGCGAUGCUGCCUCCAAGAAGGGUGUCUGGGGUCUAUUGAAGGAGAACCCGUAUCUUCUUGGACUCUCUGCGUUCGCGUCACUGGGUGGCUUCCUCUUUGGCUAUGACCAAGGCGUCGUCUCGGGAGUCCUGACCAUGGAGUCCUUCGCGGCUGCAUUCCCACGUAUUGCUACAGACAGCGGCUUCAAGGGCUGGUUCGUCGCCGCCCUGCUCUUGUUUGCUUGGGCUGGUUCACUGGUCAACGGCCCUGUUGCGGACCGAUUCGGCCGCAAGGGCGACAUGCUUAUCGCCGUGGUUAUCUUUGUCAUUGGGUCCGCUCUCCAGACCGGUGCCGUCUCAGUCGCGAUGCUCUUUGUCGGGCGGGCCAUCGCUGGGUUCGCUGUUGGCAUGCUUACCAUGGUUGUGCCCAUGUACAUGUCAGAGGUCUCUAUGCCUGGCAUCCGUGGUACCCUGGUUGUGCUGCAGCAGCUCAGCAUCACCCUUGGCAUUCUCAUCAGCUACUGGCUCGAGUAUGGCACCCAGUACAUUGGUGGCUAUCGCUGCGCGCCCGACAUCCCUUACACCGGAGGCACUGAGGGUGCCCGCACUUUCGAUCCGCGCAACGAUGUUGGGCCCAAUGGCUGCACCGGUCAGUCUGACGCUUCCUGGCGCGUCCCUUUUGCGGUGCAGAUCAUCCCUGCGUUGAUCCUGGGAAUCGGCAUGCUCUGGUUCCCCGAGUCACCUCGUUACUUCCUCAUGCGCCAACAAGAGGACAAGGCGCUCAAGGCCCUCGCUCAGCUGCGUCGCGUCCAUCCCGACACUGACUCUCUUCGCUUUGAGUACCUUGCGAUCAAGGCCGAAGUCAUCUUCGACGAGUCGCUGACCCGUGACAACUUCCCUGGCCAGUCGGGUGUCAAGCUCUUCUUCUCGCAGUACUAUGCUCUGUUCACCAACAAGCCAACGUUCUUCCGUCUUUUGAUUGGAUCUGGAACCAUGUUCCUCCAACAAUUCAUGGGAUGCAAUGCCAUCAUCUACUACGCACCUACCAUGUUCCGCCAGCUUGGUCUCUCCGGCAAGACGUCAGGUCUGUUGGCGACCGGUGUCUAUGGCAUCAUCAACACUCUGUCGACCCUCCCGGCCGUGUUUUUUAUCGACCGGGUCGGCAGAAAGCCCCUCAUGAUGUGUGGUGCCGCCGGUACCUUCAUCUCCCUCGUCAUUGUCGGUGGAAUCAUCGGCGGCUACGGCGACUCGCUGGUUAACAACAAGGCUGCUGGGUGGGUCGGCAUUGUCUUCAUCUACAUCUACGACGUCAACUUCUCCUACUCGUUCGCGCCCAUUGGCUGGGUCCUGCCCUCUGAGAUCUUCAACUUGGGCAGCCGAUCCAAGGCCAUGGCCAUCACGACCUCUGCUACGUGGAUGUGCAACUUCAUCAUCGGCCUUGUCACCCCGGAUAUGCUCGAGACACUUGGUUGGGGUACAUACAUUUUCUUCGCCGCCUUCUGUCUGAUUGCCUUCUUCUUCACCUACUUCUUUGUCCCAGAGACCAAGGGGAAGAGCCUUGAGGAGAUGGACGCCGUCUUUGGAGACACGGCUGCGCACGAGGAGAAGGCUAGGCUGGCGGAAAUUGCGGCCAGCAUGGGUUUGACGGAUUCUCUGCCUGCGGAAAAGAUUGACAAGGCAAGGGGGGAAGCCGACCACGCCGAGGUUUAG